CUUCCUCAAACUACACACAGAAGAGAGAGAAAGUGAACUCCCUCCCAUUUUCCGCCAUGGCACUCAAUUUCACAUCUCAAUUCCUUCUCUCUCAUCCUUAUUCUCCCUUUCUCUCUCACCACCACCAGAAAAGCAUGUUCCUCCUCUUCCUCCGGAACAAUCUAGAACCUUCCUCCUCGUCUUCUCGAACAUUGUGGAAUUAUUCCGCCAUUUCUUCUACUGUACGAGCUUCAAUAAGCGAUAUUCGAAACGGAGUCUCCGGCGAAGAAGAAGGAGAUAAUUCAGUGUUAGAUGAUGAGCUGAUUGGUCGAGCUUCGAGUUUGAAAGAAGCGAGCGAAGUUCUUCAACUGAUCGCCGAUAAUGGGAGUAACAAUGGCGGAAGCGGUGGUGUCGUUAAUUGCGAGGAUUGUUGUAGGAUCAUUAGUGCUGCUCUUCUGUGCUAUAAUUCCGAUUUAGCUCUCUCUAUAUUCGCUGCUAUGCGCUCCUCCGCCUUUGAUCAAGUAUUUAAAGAGAAUGGUGGUCUUGUUGCGAGAUGGAAAUGGUCAAGGCCGGAUGUGAACACUUACACAACAUUAGUCAUUGGUCUAGCUGCUUCAUUGAGAGUAUCCGAUGCCCUUAAAAUCAUUGAAGAAAUUUGUCAAGUAGGACUUUCUCACGGGGAAGAGGUCCCUUUUGGUAAGAUAAUAAGAUGCCCAACUUGCACAGUAGCUGUUGCUGUUGCACAACCGCAACAAGGUAUUCAAGUAGUAUCUUGUGCAAAGUGCCGCUACCAGUAUGAGCUUGUUUCUGGAGAUAUAGUGAAUAUUGAGUCAGAAGAAAUCAGCAUGGAUGUUCCAGCUUGGAGAAGGUGGCUGGGAUUUCUUCAAAUCACAAAGCAAACAAUUCCCUCUGCUGUUCAUUCUAUUGUGAUCCAGACCCCUUCUGGAGCAGCUCGUACGCACAGAUUUGCAACUUCGACACCUGAUGUCCCUGCACAGCCAGGAGAGAGAGUCACUAUAGCUCUAGCAGCUCCAUCAAGUGUCUUCAGAGAGGUUGGCCCCUUCAGAAUUAGUCCUAAAGCCCCAAAGUAUUACCCUUCAGAGCCUCUUUGCCUGACAAACCAUCGAGACAGCCGUGAAUCUCUUCUUCUAAGAGCCCCUUCUGCAAAUAGCAAAGCUUCUUUGCUUAAUCCAUCCAUUGUCCUUCCACUUCUUGUGUUACUGGCCUCUGGAGAUGCUGCUUCUGGCUAUAUUAAUCCGAGCUUGCCUCAGCUCUUGCCUGUUGCAGCUGCAGCUUCUCUUGCCGUAGGUGCCACUUUAAACACAGUGGUCUUGCCACAGUUGGGACAGCUUCCUCAGAGGACGGCAGAUGCAAUUUCUAUCAAGCAGCAACUUCUGGCACAGUACGAUAUGCUUCAGUCUCGCAUCAAAGAUCUUAAAGAUACCGCUGAAAAGGAGGUUUGGAUGUUGGCUCGAAUCUGCCAGUUGGAGAACAAAAUUUUUGCUGUGGGCGAACCUUCUUACCGUGCUAGAAGAACUAGAGUAAAAAAGGUGCGCGAGGGCCUGGAAAAUUCUCUAAGAGGACGAAUGGGGCUUAUUGAUAGUUAUGCCAGGAUUUCUUCUAUGAUAGAAAUUGAAGUGGAAUUGGACACAGAUGUUUUAGCAGCCGAAGCUUCUAGCAAUACGGAAAAUAUUGCCAAACAAAUAGAGCAAAUUAUGGAGUUGGAAAAUCUUGAAGAGCGAUGGAGACAACAAGCUGAGGCAAACGAUGAGGUUGAAAUGCUCCUAAGCAGUGAAUCACUAUCCUCGGAACAGGUCUGAAACAAGUUGCAAAUCUUUAAUUUCACAUCUAUCACCUGCAGCGGCAUACAGAUCAAAUGUUUGUCCAUGGCCGAAUGAGUGGCUUGCUAUACAUUGGUGUACUACCGCUCAAACUGCAGACUCGAUUACAAUUUACGAGUCAUUAGAUCAAGAUAGGAUCCAGACAUUGAGCUGCCUGAACUUAUUUUAAAUCCACAGCCAGGCUAAAAAUUUUAUUCUAGUAUUGUCUUUUUGUUGCAUAAAUUAUGUGUAUCAUUGUUUUGUUUAUUUUUACUAUAGUGUAUAUAAAUAAAUCAGAAAUCAAAUUGUACUCGCACCUGUGCUUUGAAAUGUUCAUUUUAUUGCAGAGUUUACAUGUUCAUCAGUUUACAAGCAGAA